UGACGCCGGAACGAUGCCCUAUCUCGUGAACUUGUUAAAAAUACGUCAGGAUGCUUGUGAUUCUCGCGGAGUGAAUGGUGUUUUAAGGAAAACUGCUGAUGCUAUAAGAAAUCUUGCUCAUGAAAAUGCCGCCAUUAAAACCCGCAUCAGAACUGAGGGUGGAAUCCCACCUCUUAUUGAGUUGCUCGAGUAUCGUGAAGUGAAGGUGCAGAGAGCAGCUGCUGGGGCCUUAAGGACGCUAGCAUUUAAGAACGAUGAGAACAAAAAGGAGGGUAAAUUGCAACAUCUACUUUGA